AUGGCUCCCUGGGAUGAUGCACAGACCAAAAUUUUGGAAGGAUCCGUCAAGCGAUUCCGCGAGACUGCAGGGGCGAAGCGAGACGAAGUCGUUGCAGCCACCUUGGGCCUCUUGGAGCAGGUGGCGCUGGGACAACUGGAAGGUCUCACCCCAGAAGCUAGGACGACGGCUGUUCGGAAGUGGCUAGUGGAUCGUUGCUCUAUACGCAAGGAAAAGACGAAGCAAACAGGCGUCAUGAAAGGGACGAUACGGGGGUGCGACUUGUGGCUUGAUGAGCACAUGGAGGAGGUCCGAAGGGAGGCCUAUGCAGACGGUACUAGCGACCCGUUGAACAGGUUUAACCGCACGUGGUGGGACCUGUGGGGAGACGAGGAUGAAGAAGUACGAAAGGAGUAUAAAGCGAAGGGGAAGGAGCUGCGGGCCUUGGUGAAUGCUGACGGAUGUAAGAUAGCGCCCCGUGUUCUUCCUGCCCAGUCAUUGAGCAAUUCCCUGGGGGUUUUGUGCCGGAGCUUUGAGCGGAAGGCGCUAAUUGAGAACGGUGCAUAUUGCGUGGUGAUGUAUGCAGCACAGACAACAGACGAGGGCCCUGUAGUCGGAUUAAUCGACCAUCAAGGGGAGCAUGGAGCGUCGUCCAAUUUCUCCGACGGUGUCAUGAAAAACAAACUCUGGUCAUCUCUAUGGGACGAGUUCGGAGAGUGGUCGACGACCCAGCUGCAGAAAAAAGCAAUGGUGGUGGACGGGACUGGGAAAGCUGGCAAACCCAGCAAAGCCCAAAAGAAGACGGACUUCGGACCGCUUCUUUCCAUAGACGAAGAGACCGGUCUGCCACUGAUGCUCAGUGGUGACGAGCUCGACUCACUGGCCGCCAGCGGGGUUGUUCAGAAAUGGGCCGCCAUUGUGAGGGAGUUCCUUACCAGGCAGUACUUGGCUGCCAGCAAUGGAACGGUUUCGCGUAUACCCUGGAAAGCUCUACAGACUCGAGCUACGUGCCUCAGUGAGGAGAUGUGGUUGCCCGACGUCGGAUUUGCCGAUCCAUCGCAUAUGAGACGGGAGCAGAUGAUUGCCCUCUGCCGGCAUUGGAGGACUGGACAGGAUGGGCCCGACGGAGUGAAGGCGUUCCAGUUUCACAGCUUCAUCGACCGCACUGGCGACCUGACCAGUGCCAUGUAUGACGAAUAUUUCCAACAGUGGACCGACGGGAAACCAACUCGGGAGGCGGAGAGACGGCGCGACGCCCAGAGACUGCAGUUCAACGCAGAGGGGCCUGCAAGUCCCGCUUCUACGGAGGCCGCAAGCAAAGAGCAAGAUCGCAAAGCGUCAUCAAAAGCGGCUCGCAAACGGAAACCGAAAAAGAGUGCGGCAGCUACAUCCAAACCGCCCCCUAAAGCGAAGGCCCGCAAGGCUGCGUCUACAAAGGCGAAGGGCAAGAGACGGGUCACCAUUGAAGACGAGUCUUCCGAAGAAUCUCCGUCGGUCUCAGAGGAUGAGUCUGUUCCAUCAAGCGAGGUCGAAGAAAGCGACGAGAGCGGUCAGCACAGCGGGAGUGACGAGAGCGUACUUGAGAUGCCGGAGCAGGCUUUUCAGGCCGGCCAGGAGAUGCUGGUCGACUUUGCGGCCAAAUGUCCAAAAGACGUCUCCCGGGGACGGAAACGAUCACUGUUCCUGGCGUCUCUGUCCAGCGACUCGCGCUACAAGGCCGUCGUUACCGAAUACAUCCGUGCCUCCAUGGGCGGUGGAGUCUCAGCUUUCAAGCCAUCGUCCAUCACUGUUGCGCCCUGGGCCGACUGGGGGUGGACAUCACCGUCUCUUCCUGAACUUCCUCAUGCUACUGUGGAUGGCCUGUCGCGGCUUAUCCAAUUCCUUCAAACCGAGCCAUGGAAACGGAACAAUCAUGCCAGUCUCAAGCAUGUCGAGCAAGCACUCCUGGCGGUAGGCCUCGCUUUGCGUGACCUUCACAACAGCCAAUUUGCCAAUGAUCCAGACGAGCCACCGCCUGCCCAUGUCCCAGUCUACGUGCAAAACACCCUGCUAGACUUCCACAGUACAGCGGAGCAGCUGCUCGACGCAAUCCAUCCCAUUUCCCGCUUAUUAAUCCUUGACCACCCACCUUCCGGCCCUUCAGCCUCAGCUGCGCCUAACUGGACUCCGCCUUCGCCAGUCUCUCAGUCAAGAUCGGUGGAGCAGACUCCCGACCCCAUCCAGAUGUGGGACGGAGAAGACAUACCUUGCAGACCCACUCUGAAGCUGAAGCGAUUGCGCCGGGCUGCAGAUGCCCGUGCCUCAAAGGGCGAGGGCAGCUCAUCCCUCCAGCCCUCGGUGCACCUAGACCAGGCAUCGACGAUCAAACAGACGAACAUUCAGCACAGACUGCCAGAAGCGGAGCAGGCGGAAGGUAGCGGGGCAUCGGUGAUCAAACAGACGAACAUUCGGCACGAACUGUCAGAGACGGUGCCUCAUGGGCUUUCUUUGGUGUCAGCGCCGAGCGAGGGUCAUACCAGACUGGGGAUCCAACAGACAAACGGAGACCGCGAUCGACUGCCAGACGAAGCGGCUGGGCCGUCUCAACCGGGCAACGUUCGCAAAGAGACGACCACACCAAGCCCACAAAUGGAGUCGCUCACCGUAGAGACGAAAGCAGCCGGAAGGACUCAGGUGGAGACGGAAGAGACGGAGUUGCCCGUGGAGACGAUCGCCGUCCCAAGCGAAGAUGCUGCCCUCAAUGAGAACCAGGGCACGAGUGGUUCGUCUCGCGACCACAAGAGACGUGCAGAAGAUAGAGACGGUAGCGAAGAAGCGACGCCCUCCAUGAAGAAGCGAAGACACGUUGAUGAGACGGAACCGCAGGCCAAAUCCUCAGCGCCGACCACUUCAUCUGAGGUAAUGCCGCCACCGCCUCUUGCGGUGCCAGCACCUCUGCCGCUGCCUCCCAUGCCUCCAGUUCAGCCUCCAGCACCCAUUCCAGUGCAGCCAGGCAUGGGAGCAUUGGCGGAGCCGUCUAGACGGUCUCAACGCCUUAGCAGAGGGGGGCAGCAAGCGCGGGAGCGUCAGAGGAAAAUCAACCUGGGGAAAUUGCACGAGUAG